GUCCAGGACAGAGCUGGGCGCCAGGUCCGCGCCACCGCUGCCCUUCCACCUCCUGUUCCGGGGGCGUGGCUUGGCGCGAGGGCGGGUUUAAGUCGCCGCGGGUGUCUGCCCGCUCUGACAGGUCUCCAAAUUCCUCCCUGUCGCCAGGUGCCCGCAGCACACUUCAGAGCGCCAGGGUGGCACGCGGCGCUUCCCUGGAUCCGGUGGCGACUCAGCGACUUCCCCGCGGCCUCAGGCCUCCCUUCUUGCCCAAACCUUACAGCCGCCGCACCUAGCCCAGCUUCGGUCCUUAGCCUCAGGGAUCUGCAACGGCGGCUUCGCUUCGUUCCCAGAGCUGUUGGCUUUGGAGCCCUCUACCACUUUUUCCUGCCCUCGCCUCCCGCUGCUCCCAGUUCCGGGCCUAAUGGACUCCAAGGAGCGAGGUGAAGGGGGUGAGAACUGUGCCCCGCGACCCCUCGGAAGCACAGCUGGAAGGGCUGACUUCGUCGUAUAGCCGCGACUGGAACCCCCUUCCCCGAGGGAUGAGUCCGGCCAGAACCAGCGCUGCGCUCUCAGUCUUCGCUCAGGAAGUGGAGGCAGCCAGAAAUAAACCAGGGAGGGAGCUUCAGCACAUCCCCUCUUCCGAAUUAACUGUUCGGUGACUUGUUAGCCCUGAGGCUACCACCUCUCCAAUCCUCCCGCGGGGCACCCGCCACCUUACGGUCUCCCAAUCCUCCCCCAUCAUUGCCCCCGCCCCAAGCUCCGCCCCGGCUCCCCAUCCCGGCGCAAUGGAGUUCUCUGAAGGGCUCAGUUCCAGCCACAGCUGCUAACUUCUUACCCAUCUGCGCCGCCGGUCACCCUCGACCAGCCCCCCUGCAGCCGCCGAGUCGUGGGCGUCCCGAGCCCAGUGCCGCAGCCAGGACCCGCCCGGCGCGCAGCUGAAGCACUGAGCCCAGGCUCCUGGGCGCCUCUUGGAGAGCAAAGGCUGCGCCAAGACGCUGAGUCGAGAACCAGCCAGGAAGCCAGAACCAGAGAAGGGGGCUACGCGGCUCAGAGCGCCGCGUCUUCUGCGGACAAAUAGCCACAGCAGCCACGCACCCAAGCUGCGCGGGCUGGCCGGAGGGCGACGCGCGAGGACGCAGGGGUCUGCGGCGAUCUUCCAGACGCCCUUUGCCCCCGGGCGCACUAUGACCUGACGUGCGGGGGCCUCCUGCCCAGGGCGGCCGGGGAUUGAAGGGCUGGCCGCCCAGCUCCCACCACGCCGCCUUUGGGGCUUUAGGAACCCCCUCCUCUCCCCCCCGCGGCCUCCCCGGGUUCUGCGCCUCCCUCCCGGCGGCCCGGCGCCAUGGAGCUCUCCGAUGUGCGCUGCCUCAGCGGCAGCGAGGAACUCUACACCAUCCACCCGACGCCCCCGGCCGGCGACGGCGGGAGCGGCUCGCGGCCGCAGCGGCUGCUGUGGCAGACGGCGGUGCGGCACAUCACCGAGCAGCGCUUCAUUCACGGGCACCGGAGCGGCGGCGGCGGCGGCGGCGGCGGCGGCGGCGGGAGCGGAGGCUCCUGCAAAGCCUCGGACCCUGUAGGCGGCGGCCCCAACCACCACGCGUCGCAGCUGUCCGGCGACUCAGCGCUGCCCCUCUACUCGCUGGGCCCCGGGGAGAGAGCGCACAGCACCGGCGGCACCAAAGUCUUCCCGGAACGCAGCGGGAGCGGCAGCGCCAGGGGCAGCGGGGGCGGGGGCGACCUGGGCUUCCUGCACCUCGACUGCGCCCCGAGCAACUCGGAUUUCUUCCUCAGUGGGGGCUAUAGCUACCGAGGGGUCAUUUUCCCCACCCUGCGCAACUCCUUCAAGUCCCGGGAUCUGGAGCGCCUCUACCAGCGCUACUUCCUGGGCCAGAGGCGCAAAUCGGAGGUGGUGAUGAACGUGCUGGACGUGCUGACCAAACUCACCCUCUUGGUUCUCCACUUGAGCCUGGCCUCGGCCCCCAUGGACCCGCUCAAGGGCAUCCUGCUGGGCUUCUUCACUGGCAUAGAGGUGGUGAUCUGCGCCCUGGUAGUGGUCAGGAAGGACACCACCUCGCACACGUACUUGCAGUACAGCGGCGUGGUCACCUGGGUGGCCAUGACCACCCAGAUCUUAGCCGCAGGUCUCGGCUACGGGCUGCUGGGGGACGGCAUCGGCUACGUGCUCUUCACGCUCUUCGCCACCUACAGCAUGCUGCCGCUGCCGCUCACCUGGGCCAUCCUGGCCGGCCUGGGCACCUCCUUGCUGCAGGUAGUCCUCCAAGUGGUCAUCCCCAGGCUGGCGGUCAUUUCCAUCAACCAGGUUGUGGCUCAGGCAGUGUUAUUCAUGUGUAUGAACACAGCUGGCAUCUUCAUCAGUUACCUGUCAGACCGGGCCCAGCGCCAAGCCUUCCUGGAGACGCGGAGGUGCGUGGAGGCCAGGCUGCGGCUGGAGACGGAAAACCAAAGACAGGAGCGGCUUGUGCUGUCCGUGCUCCCCCGGUUUGUGGUCCUGGAAAUGAUCAACGACAUGACCAACGUGGAAGACGAGCACCUGCAGCACCAAUUCCAUCGGAUCUACAUCCACCGCUAUGAGAACGUCAGUAUUCUUUUUGCAGAUGUUAAAGGAUUUACCAACCUCUCCACGACCUUGUCUGCUCAGGAGCUGGUCAGGAUGCUUAACGAGCUCUUUGCCAGAUUUGAUCGACUGGCCCAUGAGCAUCACUGCCUUCGCAUUAAAAUCCUGGGAGACUGCUACUACUGCGUUUCAGGACUUCCCGAGCCCCGCCAGGACCAUGCCCACUGCUGCGUAGAAAUGGGCCUCAGCAUGAUCAAAACUAUCAGGUACGUGCGGUCAAGGACGAAGCACGACGUUGACAUGCGCAUCGGAAUCCACUCGGGCUCCGUGCUGUGUGGUGUGCUGGGCCUGCGGAAGUGGCAGUUUGAUGUCUGGUCUUGGGAUGUGGACAUUGCAAACAAACUUGAAUCUGGAGGAAUCCCCGGGAGGAUUCACAUUUCCAAAGCCACCCUGGACUGCCUCAACGGGGACUAUAAUGUGGAAGAGGGCCAUGGAAAAGAGAGGAAUGAAUUCCUGAGGAAGCACAACAUAGAGACCUAUUUAAUUAAGCAGCCUGAGGACAGUCUACUGUCUUUGCCCGAAGACAUUGUCAAGGAGUCUGUGAGCUCCUCAGACAGGAGAAACAGUGGGGCAACGUUCACAGAAGGAUCCUGGAGCCCCGAACUGCCCUUCGAUAACAUAGUGGGGAAACAGAACACUCUGGCUGCCCUAACAAGAAAUUCAAUAAAUCUACUUCCAAACCAUCUUGCACAAGCUUUGCAUGUCCAGUCUGGGCCUGAGGAGAUUAACAAGAGAAUAGAACAUACCAUCGACUUGCGGAGUGGCGAUAAAUUGAGAAGAGAGCAUAUCAAGCCAUUCUCACUGAUGUUUAAAGACUCCAGCCUGGAGCACAAGUAUUCUCAAAUGAGGGAUGAAGUAUUCAAGUCAAACUUGGUCUGUGCAUUUAUCGUCCUUCUGUUUAUCACGGCAAUACAAAGUUUGCUUCCUUCUUCAAGGGUGAUGCCAAUGGCCAUCCAGUUUUCCAUCCUGAUUAUGCUGCACUCGGCUCUGGUCCUCAUCACCACUGCAGAGGAUUAUAAGUGUUUGCCCUUGGUCCUCCGGAAAACUUGCUGUUGGAUUAAUGAGACCUAUUUGGCCAGAAACGUCAUCAUCUUUGCAUCCAUCUUGAUUAACUUCCUGGGCGCCAUCUUAAAUAUCCUGUGGUGUGAUUUUGACAAGUCGAUACCCUUGAAGAACCUGACUUUCAAUUCCUCAGCUGUGUUUACAGAUAUCUGCUCCUACCCAGAGUACUUCGUCUUCACGGGGGUGCUGGCCAUGGUGACCUGUGCGGUUUUUCUCCGACUUAAUUCUGUCCUGAAGCUGGCUGUGCUGCUGAUUAUGAUCGCUAUCUAUGCCCUGCUGACUGAGACCAUCUAUGCAGGGCUGUUUCUGCGCUACGACAGCCUGAACCACAGUGGAGAAGAUUUCCUGGGGACCAAGGAGGCAUCGCUACUGCUGAUGGCCAUGUUCCUCCUCGCUGUGUUUUACCAUGGACAGCAGCUGGAAUACACCGCCCGCCUGGACUUCCUUUGGCGAGUGCAGGCCAAAGAGGAGAUCAACGAGAUGAAGGAGCUGAGGGAGCACAACGAGAACAUGCUGCGGAACAUCCUGCCCAGCCACGUGGCCCGCCACUUCCUGGAGAAGGACCGGGACAACGAGGAGCUGUAUUCCCAGUCCUAUGAUGCCGUUGGGGUGAUGUUUGCCUCCAUCCCAGGGUUUGCAGACUUUUACUCUCAGACUGAAAUGAAUAACCAAGGAGUGGAAUGCCUACGCCUGCUGAAUGAGAUCAUCGCCGACUUCGAUGAGCUGCUCGGUGAAGACCGAUUUCAAGACAUUGAGAAGAUUAAGACCAUUGGCAGCACCUACAUGGCUGUGUCUGGCCUGUCACCUGACAAACAGCAAUGUGAAGACAAGUGGGGGCAUCUGUGCGCCCUGGCCGACUUCUCUCUCGCCCUGACCGAAAGCAUACAGGAGAUCAACAAGCACUCUUUCAACAAUUUCGAGCUCCGGAUUGGCAUCAGCCACGGCUCAGUGGUCGCUGGCGUUAUCGGCGCUAAGAAGCCACAGUACGACAUUUGGGGCAAGACCGUGAACCUGGCAAGUCGGAUGGACAGCACGGGGGUCAGCGGCCGGAUCCAGGUCCCAGAGGAGACCUAUCUCAUCCUGAAGGACCAGGGCUUUGCCUUCGACUACCGCGGGGAGAUCUACGUGAAGGGCAUCAGCGAGCAGGAAGGAAAAAUCAAAACGUACUUUCUCCUGGGAAGAGUCCAACCCAACCCAUUCAUCCUGCCCCCGAGAAGACUGCCCGGGCAGUACUCCUUGGCCGCGGUGGUCCUGGGCCUCGUCCAGUCCCUCAACAGGCAGAGGCAGAAGCAGCUCCUGAACGAGAACAACAACACAGGCAUCAUCAAGGCCCAUUACAACCGGCGGACUUUGCUGACGCCCAGCGGGCCGGAGCCGGGGGCCCAGGCCGAAGGCGCCGACAAGUCCGAGUUGCCAUAAAAGCAUUUUCUUUGUGUUUCUUUUUUUGUAUUUCUUUUAUAUAUGAAAUAAAUAUACUAAUAAAAAGGUUUAAUUUUUUUUAGAACAA